CUUUCUUGAAAUUCAAAUGAAUCGGAAUUAAACUAAAGUGACCGACCCAGAAAGAAAGCCUCCACCACCACCUCUCCCUCUCUCUCAUCUCUCUCUCUCUCUCUCUCUCUCUCUCUCUCCGCGUAUACGUACACACUGUAUAUCUAGCACUCCUCCCUUUCUCUCUCUUCUCUCUCUCUCUAGACGCGGUUGCAGGUGCAGCUAUCUAUUGCUGCUGGUGACCUAAUAAGUUUCUUCAUUACUCCUUCAGUUGGGUUUCUUUUGGCAAUUUUCCCUACAGACAAAUUCUCCAAUCAGCAGCAACAAACAAUUUCAGUGGAAAUCCCUAGCUGUUAAUUCAUCUGCAAGCGCAGCACAUUUUCUCUCUCUACUCAAAAUUCGCGCAAUUGAAGAGAUGAAACGGGCGAAUUUAGACCUGUUUGUUUCAGUCAGCAGGCAGAAAUCAAUUAGGGCACUGGUCGUAUUAGGUUUUCUGUACUUACUCCUCGUGUGUUUCGAACUCCCUCUAGUGUUCAGAAACGGGUUGAAUUCGGUCUCCGAAGAAGGUCCGAAUAGCAGCACCGGGUACGGGUUCUUAAAUCCGAAGCCUCCGUUGCUCGAGAGCGAGGAGAAUUUGGAGGAGAAAGCCGCCCCCAUCCGCCCCCUCCACCUCCCUUACCACCAAUCGACGCGCCGUAAAAGCAUCAAGCAAUCGAAUACCUCGCCGCUUUCGAGCUUGAAUUUCACCGCCGGUGCGGUGAAUUUGAGCCUCAAAGGCGGCACGUUGAAGUCCGCCGGAGACGCACUCGAAGUCGGCAGACGCCUCUGGCACGAGCUCGAAUCGAUCGCCCCGAAAAACAGCAGCAGCAAUAAUAAUAAUAAUAAUCUACGAUUUAACGACGGUAGUAGUGGUAGUACUAGUAGUAACAAUAAUCGCGUAAAUAAUUCGGAAUUAUGCCCGCAUUCGGUAUCGGUGACCGGUGAAGAGUUCUCGAAGAAUGGGAGGUUGGUGGUGCUCCCGUGUGGGCUGACAUUGGGGUCCCACAUCACGGUUGUGGGGAAACCGAGGGGGGCCCACGUUGAAACCGAUCCGAAGAUAUCUCUGCUGAAGAAAGGGCAGUAUGUGAUGGUUUCUCAGUUUAUGAUGGAGCUUCAAGGGCUGAAAAUUGUCGAAGGGGAAGAUCCGCCUAGAAUAUUGCAUUUUAAUCCGAGGUUGAAGGGUGAUUGGAGUGGGAAACCUGUUAUCGAGCAGAACACUUGUUAUAGGAUGCAAUGGGGUACUUCGCAACGGUGCGAAGGUUGGAAAUCGCGUGCAGAUGAGGAAACAGUUGAUGAAAUGGCGAAAUGCGAAAAAUGGAUAAGAGACGAUGACAACGGGUCCGAAGAAUCUAAAGCAACUUGGUGGCUAAACCGUUUAAUUGGUCGAACUAAAAAAAUAGCUAUCGAUUGGCCAUUCCCUUUUGCAGAAGGCAAAUUGUUCGUGCUGACUCUUAGUGCUGGCCUCGAAGGUUACCAUGUAAAUGUCGACGGGAGACACGUCACCUCUUUUCCAUAUCGCACCGGAUUCACCCUAGACGAUGCAACGGGAUUAACUCUGAAUGGGGACAUAGACGUACAUUCUGUUUUUGCUGCUUCGUUGCCCACAUCGCACCCAAGUUUUGCUCCUCAAAGACAACUUGAUUUAUCCGAAAAAUGGAAAUCUCCUAUUACUCCAAACGGACCAAUCGAAUUGUUCAUAGGUAUUCUCUCGGCAGGUAACCACUUUGCAGAAAGGAUGGCUGUGAGGAGGUCUUGGAUGCAACAUAGCCUAAUCAAAUCUUCGAACGUCGUUGUCCGUUUCUUUCUUGCAUUGCAUGCAAGAAAGGAAGUCAACAUAGAAGUGAAGAGGGAAGCUGAAUUUUUCGGUGACAUUGUUAUAGUACCUUACAUGGACAAUUACGACCUUGUUGUCCUUAAAACCGUUGCCAUUUGCGAAUAUGGGGUGAGGACGGUCUCUGCGAAGUAUAUUAUGAAGGGCGACGACGACACCUAUGUGAGAGUAGACGCAAUUAUUGACGAAGCAAAGAAAGUACCGGAAAAUCGGAGCUUGUAUAUUGGAAAUAUAAACUACUAUCAUAAGCCCCUUCGCAGCGGUAAAUGGGCAGUUACGUAUGAGGAAUGGCCCGAGGAAGAUUAUCCACCCUACGCAAAUGGGCCGGGCUACAUUAUAUCGUCCGACAUUGCAAACUCUGUUCUUCUAGACUUCGAGAAACAAAAAUUAAGGUUGUUUAAAAUGGAAGACGUGAGCAUGGGAAUGUGGGUGGAGAAAGUGAAUAGCACGAGACGAGUGGAGUACGUACACAGCUCGAAAUUCUGCCAAUUCGGGUGCGUCGAAGAUUAUGUGACAGCUCACUAUCAGUCGCCGAGGCAAAUGAUUUGUCUGUGGAAUAAACUUCGACAGUUAGGAAAGCCUUUGUGUUGCAAUAUGAGAUGACACCUUUGUAAUAAUAACAUAGGGUACCCCUGUCUGAAAAUUGGGAUACUAGAAAUAAACAAAUUUUUGCAGUAGUAGUGUUGUAUCAUAUGUUGUAAAUCUUGUGUUGACUGACCGGUUGCAGCUUUGUUCAUAUUAACUUUCUUUUCUAGU